AUGGGUGUCUACCAGAUACCGGAUCUUGUUAGGUGUAGACUCCAUGCGGCCACGUUCAGAGAUAGCGCCUACCAAUGGUUCCAGAAGUUGGAACCAACAUCCAUCACUUCUUGGAUAAGCAUGCGGACUAUGUUCUUGACUCAGUUCCAGGCAACCGUCAAGUAUGCUCCACCAGUCACCACUUUGGCAAACAUCAAACAGAAGGAAGGAGAGACUCUCCAUGCCUACUUCAAGCAUUUUAAUGUGGAAUCAUCUAAUGUUCGGGGUGCGACAGAUGAGACAUUGAAAAGUUUCUUGGUGGCAGGGCUUCGAGUAGGAACCGACUUUUGGAAGCAUCUGCAAGGCAAUGAUCCCAAGUCCUUGGCAGAUCUUUAUGCAAGGGCUGAGGCAUACAAGAAUGUCGAACAAUCACUGGCUGAGAGUCGGAAGAAUGAAAGAAGUCCCGUUAAGGCCCGGCAAAAGAGGAGAGACCGGUCCCCGAGUCCAGAGCAAAGAGGGAGGCGACGGAGUCCCAAUCGGGUCAACACCACUUACAGAAGAAACUACACGCCUCCUAGAGAUCAUGAAGAAAGAGGAGAUCGCUGGACAUCGCUCGCUGCGCCAAUUGACCACAUCUUCGAAGUUAAUCGUGACAAGAGACUCUUCCGCAGGCCAGCACCACUAAAUUCUUGGCAAGCCAAGAAUAAGGACAAGUACUGUGAGUACCACGAAUCAACCGGGCAUGAUAUCCAUGAAUGCAGACAACUGAAAGAAGAGAUCGAAUCGCUAAUCAAAGAAGGUCACCUUAAUGAGUGGAUAGUUCGUGAAGCCCGAUCCCGACGGUACAUUCGAGCCAAGGACAAAAGAGGACUUGGCUACACUGGCGAUCAAGAAAGGGGGAAGCAAGAAGAUAUCCAAUUCGUUAAGGAAGGGAACAUUCAUAUCAUUUUUGGAGGACCACAUUUGGCCGGUGAGGGGACCAAGGCUAUGGAGAGAUAUGCAAAGGAAGCUAAAGGUAGGCCCCUUACCAAUGUACAUAAUUUGUCAUCUAGACCUCCUAAGAUCUUUAGAGGAGAAGCUAUUGACAUUACCUUUUCAGAGGAAGAUGCCAGAUGGGUUCACCACCCGCACAAUGACGCCCUAGUGAUCGCCCUUCGCAUUGGUCCGAUGAAUGUUCACCGAGUGCUUGUUGAUAACGGUAGCUCAGUCAACAUUAUCUACUACAGCACCUACCAGAAGCUAGGCCUCCCUGACAAGGACAUGAAGGUUGAGGAUGUGUACAUAUAUGGGUUUGGAGGAGAAGCGGUGAAAGUGAAAGGCCCAGUGACCCUAGGAGAAGGAACAUGUUCGGCCACUCAGGUCAUGGAUUUCAUGAUUGUAGAUCAUGACUCAUCACAUAAUGCCAUCAUUGGGCGGCCGUUACUGAAGGAGAUGAGGGUGGUCACAUCAAUAUACCACUUAUCUAUGAAAUUCCCAACACCUGGAGGAAUCGGAAUUGUAGGAGGAUGCCAAUACGACUCUAGAGAGUGUUACUUGCAAUCUCUCAAAGGUUUCAAGAAGAGUCGAUCACUGAAAGAACCCACGGGUGCAAACGCUAGUGAGGUGGUCAAUAUGACUUACUUCGUCCAGUUCCCUGAUGAAGAAGAUAGUGUUAAGCAAGCGAAAGGGAAGGGAAAGAUGGAGAUAGAUUCGGAUGCAGAACUUAAACCUUGCUCUAUAUGGGAGAAAGGAGAGACGUCUGGAACCAAAGAUGAGUCUGAUACCCAAGGUUGCCCUUAG